AUGUACAUACAGGCAUUCCUACAGGGGUACUUGAGGGUGAACGUUCAUCUGUACAUAAAGGUGAGUCUACAGAUUGCAUGGCAGGACCACCUGGUGCGCGCCAGCCGGGACGCAGCGGUCUUCACCUACUCCGAGCUCCACUCUCCCGCCAACGACUCCCUCUUCUAUCGCCCCUCGCAACCCCACGAGAGGUACGUGUGCGAGGCGGACGUGAGGCAGCAGCGGCCGGCGUGGGGGCGGGCGACGGACGGCAACUUUCUGAGGAUCAUCAACACUGACACCUUCCCACAGAUGAUCCGCAUGGAGGUCUGCAGGUUCUCUGGGGAGCGGUGCAGCUUCGUCCCUGAGGCUGUGACCUCCACCUGUCGCCAGAGGUAUAGUAUACAUAAGAUGGCAGCCGUCGAUCCUCAGGCCCCUGCUAAUGGUGCCUUCCUCGCUGCCUUUAGGGUCCCGUCCGGUUGUUUCUGCCACGUCAGCCACGACACUGGCACGAAUAACCAGCAGGCGAGUGUCAACACCUCGCCAGCGACCAACCCGCUGGCAGGUGCCACCCUUGAUGCAAAUUCUUCCUCGGGUGCCAACAACCUAAAUGACAGUUUUAUUGCUGGACAAAAUUUUAAGUCUUCCGAGACUUCACGUUUUACUAGAAACCAGAAUUCAGGAGUGGAUUCUUUCACCAGCACACAUUCUGCAGGACAGCAGAAUGAACAACAGUCGAACCAGAACCAGUGGUGGCAGCAACGGCAACAGCAGCAACUUGGUGACUCCAGCAGCUCCAUACACAUUGGUAGGCAAACUAGCGUUGUAAACACCCACCACCAGCCAUCGCUGGUAAGCCCAGCACCCACCGCCAGGCAGGUGCUGGGAUCUCCUUCACCCAUGCCACCACUCGCCACCUUCCACCGCCACACUAGCAUCACCAUCUCCCAGCCUUCAUCCAUGAACACUGGAUCCCCAGCGCCCUCUGCCCCAGCGUUCGGCUCGCCGACGCCUACCGUAGUGUUCCCUAUUUCCCCGUUAAUAUCCACAACACCCCAGACCCCUACUUCAACCACUACAACUUUUUCGCCUGUCAUUUCUACAACAUCUUUCGCGCCUGCUAUUUCCACUACAACUUUCGGCACCCCCAUGCCUACACCUCAUCUGGUACAGACUUUCACUGAGAACAGUGGAGGGAUUAUAGAAUCUCAGUUAAUAUCGGCAAACACGCAGAACCAAAAUGGCAACCAGCAUUUCAGUAUCUCAUCAGCUGAUGUUACGUCCCAACACAAUACAGAUAAAGCACCAAGAGACAUAGUUAGCGAAGGCCUGAGCGAAAUAGAUGUAUUGUCUGUUGAAAACGACAUGCAAGUAUCCAAGACUUCUGAUAACAACUUUAUACUGUCCCUGCGUCAGGUCAAGUCAGACGGCACGGUGGUCCCACUAGAUUUGGUCAUUAACGUGGACGGCCGCCUCGUCUCAGCCGCGUCCAAAUUCGCCGCAGGGUCGACGCAGACGGCUGAGCGCCGCCAUGAUGAUGUUGACCAGAUCAGUGUUGAUCUACAAGAACUACCACUUACCGUUAAGAAUUACUUAUCAACGUUGCAGACAAAAGUUCAUGUUACAAAAUCGCCUAAGAUAAUUGAUUCUCACCGUCAGGAUGAGUUCAAAGACUACCCAGACCAACUGUCUCUCGCUACUUUAAGCGAUGAAAGCAUAAACUCUUUUGCCGCCAAUUCUCACUACACAAAAAAUGUUCCUUCAAUAGAGAUUGACGCACCGAAGAUUUCAAGUAUUCAUCAUAUUACAAAUAGCCAUUACUCUGAAAGCAACGUAAAAGAGCAGGGUACAACUUCAGUACCUCGCACACCGUCAAACUUCCAUGUCACUCAGAACACAUUCACUCAAGAACAGAUAAAUUUAUCACCUAGAGACAAAUACCUGGAAUUUACAGAUUUAUCUGAAAACAUAGUUACAAAUUCUAUUGGUGCGUCAUCUAAAAUAAAACCCAACUCUGAAAUAAAAUAUCUGAACAGGUCUCAAUCCUUCAAGGCGCCACACCAGACCCCAUUACACCAAACACACAUUCAUCAACCCCAAACAACCUUCCACACUGGAAACCUCCAACUUUCAACUCCCGGCUUUAGAUCUCUAGCAAGUUCUCUGGGUCAGAACCAUCAAACAAGACAGGUGAGCCUGUCUCAUUCAGGCAUUCAAGAAAGCCUGAAUGAAGAGUCCAUAUUUAUUGGUAACAAAUCAACGAGAGGUUUCAGCCAAGCAGGACGAAAUCCUUUCUUAUCCACCAAGUUGUAUCCUGAUCGACCACAUGUGAUCCAGAAUUAUUUCAUACAGGUUCCUGACGGCCUUACUGACGAUGUGGGUAUGGCCGACAUGAUGGGCAGCGCCUCCCAAAAGGUACCGACGUCCGUCGGACUCGAGACAGAUACGACCAGCGCAAAGGAUGGAACAUCAGCCCACUCAGAUGGUAAAAUCUUGCCAGAAGCAAUCGCAAGAUUGAAGAAUCACAGAAUGACACCAAUUUCGUCUCAUUACAGUAUUCUUCCACCACCAACGUCAAAAUCAAAUUCAUCAAGUAUGUUGUCCUCUGGCUCAGUUCUUGGGUCCCUCGUGAUAGGUAAAAGAAAACGGAAAUCAUUAUCAAUGUCCGAACCUAAAAAACACAUAUCUGCAAACAGUACACGAACUACCCGAGACACAAUAGCGGUGACCAGAACACGGAGGACACGGGAUACAGUUCGUCCCUAUGAUGAGAGAAGUGCUGAAAUCAGUAGGAAACGGUCUCUAAACAAACAAUUAAAACCUCAAAACACAGAGAUGGUCUCAGUUGACUUCAGCAGAAGAGCCAGGGAAGCAGGGUUUAACCCCAUCAGAGGAAGCAGGGCAAUGGGAAUCGACUCCAUUAGAAGCAGAGCGACAGGGCUCGAGUCCACUAGAGGUAGGGUGACAGGAGUCGACUCUAUUAGAGGAGGCAGGGCGACAGGAAUCAACUUCAUUAGAGGAAGCAGAGCAACGGGAAUCGACUCCAUUAGAGGCAAGGCGACAGGAAGUGACUUUACUAGAGAAGGCAGGGCUACAGGGAACAACGCCAACGGAAAACCUCAGUCCUUAAGUAGCGAGAACAAGGACGUGCAUGUUAACAUUCACCUGAACUUUGCACCUGAUCCCCAGUCAAUGAGCAACUCCCCCGAUAGAUUGGUCAUAUCUGCCAACAGUCACAGUCCACAAAAGUUAGAUCCUUCUCAGUAUUAUUCUUUGCCAUUUUACCAACCUUCUGAUUCUUAUGAUUCCGUAAAUUAUAACAGAGAGAAGACCCAAUACUUGAACCAUCUGUUGGUUAAUCGUCAGGUACCGAACCAGCACCCAUGGAAGAGUUACCCAUCGACCAGUAAAUUGACUGCUUUAGUUGGAAAUUGGCCUUACUCUACACUAAGGAACAACCAUGAAACAAGGAAAACAUUUCCUAGCGAUUCAACUGCACAAGACACAAUAAACUUGCCGGAAAUAGAACAUUCCUUCGUAUUAAACAAAUAUUUUGCUGAGUUACCGAUGAAACAAACUCCACACACGUCCAAUCAGUCCCCGAACACUCCUCUGUGUGCCUCAUGUCAGUCUGACAUUAACUCCGCUUCGGCGUGGUCACGACCCUGGUCAUCACACACGCUCCGCCCCGCCAGACACGUCGCAUUGUUAGAUGAAGCGAAUCGGAGUGAAGUCACCCCCAGUUCUGUGCCAAGACAUGACGUCACUGUCUCGUUCAAAGGUCAAAGAAUGUCACUGGGGCCACACUGGGGAUCACUACCAAGACCUCGCCCCGCCAGGCGCACCGUGAUACAUUUUCCUGGGAAUGCCGCAUAUCGGCCACUGGUUCACGAACCGGUCAGAGUGCUCACCAGGAAGCCCAGGACGCUGAAAGAAUUUAUCAUGUCUCCUUCUCCUCAUCCUGGGGUGAUAGUUCCUCAUCAGCGCGACAAAUCAUCUUGGAAGCUAUGA